AUGCCACCAACAUCUUACUAUGGGAUCAAUAAUGGGACCCAAAUAGGUAAUAACCAUGGCACAAUCACGACAGAAUUCCACGAGUCCAAGCGACCAAAGACCUCUCACCAUAAAGGCUUGCCUGCCCCACGACACGAUCAGUACACCAUCGCUUGGAUUUGCGCGCUGUACAUAGAGAUGGCAGCAGCUCAGGCAAUGCUGGACGAGACUCACGAAACCCUGCCUGCCCAUGCGCACGAUAGGAACACCUACAUACUAGGAAACAUCAAUCGACAUAGCGUCGUCAUUGCGUGUUUACCAGAAGGGCAGUAUGGAACAAACAACGCAGCGAUCGUCAUGACAAACAUGAAGCGGACGUUCACAGCGAUUCGCGUAUGUUUGAUGGUUGGGAUUGGCGGUGGUGUGCCAAGCAAGGCUGAUAUACGUUUGGGUGAUAUUGUCGUCGGAACAAGGGUUAUGCAAUGUGAUCUUGGGAAAAUUCUUAGAGACGGACAGCUUCAGCGAACGGCGAUUCCUAGAAUUCCUCAUCAGUUGCUUGGAACGGCUGUGUCUACCCUCCGUUCAAAGCAUGAACUAGGCCCUAGCCGAGUCCUAUCUAUCUUACAACAGAAACUAGAAGGACAAUCUGCGUAUUCUCGCCCGAUUUCACCGGAUCGUCUGUUCUAUGCGACCUAUAAUCAUACAUCUCCAACUGAUAGCUGUGAUGGGUGCGACCAUUCAAAGCUAGUCCCACGAAGCACACGGAUGUUGGCCGAAGCAAGGAUCCAUUACGGCGCAAUUGCCUCCGGGAACCAAGUCAUGAGGGACGGCGUAACCCGGGACAACAUUGCUCGACAGCUAGAUGUCAUAUGUUUUGAGAUGGAAACUGCUGGGCUGAUGGACAUCCUCCCAUGUCUCCCAAUCCGGGGAAUCUGCGACUACUCAGACUCUCACAAAAGCAAAGAAUGGCAGAGAUAUGCAGCAGCGACCGCGGCUGCAUACGCAAGGGAAUUGCUUGAGGAGUUACCUGUGACUGAAUCGCAUACAAGCAUUGUCUCCACGACUGUUUCUUGUAAGAACGAAUACCAGCCUUAG